CUAAUAGCCUCCGUUGGUCUUUUAUCUGGGCACAGCUGGUAUUUGCUUUAACAAAACUUAAAAACAAGCCAUGACUUUUGAAUAUUAACACAGGAGACAGGAGACAACAACAAAAAUUUCUUUCCAUAUGUAUUUCCAUGAAGCGAAAUUAUGGAAUUUUAUCAAGUGUGUAAAUGUUCAUCUGGUGGAAGAAUCCAGGAUCCGCUACUGUGUGCGCCUUGUCCACCACCCAUGAUGACCUACGAUGAGUUCCUUGCUCACGUUUUCAGUCAAAAUCUGAGUCAAGUAGAAGUUUGCAAAAUUACCAGGAGAUGUGGAUAUGACGACAUUGAUGUAGACAAAAAUUAUUCUCUAAAAACAUCAACAGCAACAUUGUCCACUUCAGUGUCAGACUAUUCUGCCGUUAGUAGGAUUUCAGAUUCAGAUGUAGGCACAACUGGACAGUCUGUUAGCUUCUUAUCUUCUACAAGCCAUACGCCAUCAUUUGGGUCGUGUCCACAUACGAGUUCCAUUAUAUGCGGCCCUAUGUGUUUGGGCAUUAUUGUGAGUGUGUUGUGUGCGAUAAUCAUAUUUCUCAUGAUCAUUGUAGUUGUGCUAGUAAAGAGAAAAAGAAUCAUCCACCCUUAUCAGCAUCGUGAUUCAGAAGAGUCUAGUAAUUUGGAAAAUUGCAACGAAUCAAAUUCAAGCAAUGCUGCAAAAGUGAGUUCGUCGCCUGAAGAAAAUUCCAAACAAAAGAAACAAAACAUAACUGUCGAAACUAAUCAUUCUGGUCAUUCUGUCAAGCAAAUGGAAGAAUGAUGUCAAGAUAAAAUUAUUGGAAACAGUAUGCAGUAUGGCAGCUCUAGCCGGGGCUACAGGGCGUGGACGGUAGUUUGCAUUUCCACUAACGUCCAUGAUUUUAUCUACCCCUUAUCCCCCCCACCACCCUGCACCCUCGCACACACACGAACACUUUUUGUAUUUUGCAUAUAAUUAAAAUGAUUUUGUUGUUACUGGAUAUUUGAAGCAACCAACCCGUCAAUUAUAUUUUUCCGUAACAGUUUCAUUUUGUUGCGAGUCUACUUUGCGAUGCAUGGCUCUAAAGCUGUGUUUGAGGUGCUCUGUGUUUCGGGGAAAUUUACCCUUACCUUUUAUCUUUUGUACCGUUCUAUGCUUCUAGAUCAUAUUGCGAUGAGAAUCAACUUAUUUUGUUUUUCAUAGAGAUAAAUGUAUAAAUCUUUGCCUUGGAUUAAAUUAAUUUCAGUCCAGCUAGAACAUUAUCAGUUUUCUCUAGCGUUCUCUUUUGAAUAUUUAAUAGGUUUCUUUUUAUUGGAAAAUGAAAAGAUACGCAUGAUGAGAAAAUACUGUACAGAAAAAAAUGACCUUUGCUGCCAGUAUCAGUGAAGAAAUAACAGAACAGCGUCAUGAUAUUUAAUUAUGAUUUUCAGAUUGCUGCUGUUUAGUCAUUUGAAACAGUUUAUAAUGUCCGAGACUUGAUUCCAGGCUUUGAUAUUUUGAAAGGGAGCGGAUAAUAAGUCAGUUUUUUUUCAAGAGUGUUAUAGUAUAAGCAGUAUUGCACUUUGUUUAAGAGACAUUUACCUACAGAUUAUAAUUACAUGCAGAAGAAGAAUAUUGAAACAGUUGUCAUUGUCUUAAUUCUAGGCCAGAUUUGUCUUUGAGAACGUUUUAAAAGAUAUAUUUUCAAUAACGAUAUCAGUGUUGAUUUAAAAGUGAACAUAUAAAGGCUACGCCUUUCUAUUUCUCGUCCAUUACUUUCCUCAGUAUGCUUAAUUCAAUAAAACAACAGAAAAUAAAUCUA